AAUGAUAUGAAAUGAAUUUUUAUAAGUGCGUAAAUUUGUUAUUUUAACAAAAUUCCUAUCGCAAUUUUUAUGUUUCAUUACUUCAAAUGUGCGUGUACGAAAAAUAAAAUUGAUUACACGAUAAGACAUUCUUUUAGUAUAUACAUGUCACGUUAAAGUAGUGAAUUAUUAAAUAACAUUAACAAAGAAUGGAAGAAGCAAUAGUAACUGAAGAUGUCGAAAAUUCCAGUGCAAAAAUAAGGGCUAAUGAGUUACUCGCUUAUCAGAGAGAUUUAAUACAGGAAAAAGAACUUCUUCAAAAAAUAUCAGCGAAGAUUGACGAUCAAGUACACGGGCUACAGAUAAAAAUGUCAGGCAAGGAGACGCUGAAAUCAGACACCGAACCAGACUCUUGCCUAUCUGAAACGCCAAAGUCCGAGGGAAAAGACAAUGCAAAAAGCACCAGCAGAUCCGAGAUCGAAAGUUUAGUCAGCUCUGUGGACGAUCAAAAUUCGGCAAAGCAAGAAAUCAAGUGCACGGUUUCGCGUUGGACAGAAGACGAGAUCAUGGAGGUGCCUACGAAAGAGGUAAAUACGGCCCUGAUUGCAAACGCGAAAAUUUUUGCCGAAAUUCCGAGUGAACCCGUAGAGAAGGAGGUAGAGGAGAACGUAAAAUGCGAAUUGAAUCGAAACGAGUCACUGCCGAGUGUUUUGGAGAUGCAACAACAAACGUCCAUAGGGGCCGGGGAUACUUGCUUCUGUGCACCUCGAGACGGAAGUGCCGAUGGACAGAAACCGGAAGACCAAAUUGCACUUUCCUUCACGACCGAUCAGCUCGAACCGGAAAGUAAUAAAUCGGUUGUAGAGAAAGAUAAGGAUACGAAUGUGACUGAUCUCGCUGUAAGGAAGUUGAAAGAGGAAAUCCAAAAAACGUCCGACGAAAGAGAUUCGUAUAGGAAGAAAUUGGAAAACGUGGAGAGCAAGCUGGCUGAGCUGCAGGCGUCUUAUGACGCUUUGUUGAAGGGUGAUGGUAACGAGGUUGUACUUCGUCGAAUGGUGGACCAGCUGAAGGGCAAACUUAUUCAGACCUCGUUGCAGUUGGAGGAUCGAAUGCGAAUCGUGUCUAAUCAGGAAAAGCAAAUUUGCGCGCUGAAUAGUCAAGUGGCUUCGUUGAAGGAAGUAGAAUCCCUUACUAGAAGCUUGUUGCAAAUUCGCAACAUGGAAGUAAAGCAUCUGCAGGCUGAAGUCGAUGAUAUGGAAGUACGAAUCUCUGAGGAACGAGAACGAUAUAGUACAAUGAUUAACAAAAUGGAUGCUGCAGUAAAACUGAAUGCAGAUUUGAAAAAAGAAUACGAAACGCAGCUUUGUCUUUUCCGGGAUCUUCGUGAGAAGUACGAAGAGAAGGUUUCAUUAUUAUCAAAAGAGAAACUUGCUCUUGAAGCUAACGCACAGACUGCUCCUAAAUAA